AUGCCUCAGAGGAACGCGGUGUCAUGGAAUUCGAUGAUCUCAUGUUACAUCCACCACGACGAAUUCGAAGAAGCAUUAUCUCUCUUUCCUCAAAUGCAAUCAGAAGGGUUGGUGCCCGAUGGCUACACUAUUGUCUCUGCUCUGCUAGCAUGUUCUAAGCUAGGCGACUUGGAAUCUGGGAGGUACGUGCACUGUCUAAUAAGGGAUUGGUCUCAACUACGAGCCACAGCCUCACAGGUCAUUUGCUCUUCCGAGCUACAGAUGGUUCAACAACUUACAGUCUUCAAAGACAGCAUAGAUCCUAAGUUCAGUAUUGGCAGUUUAGUUUAA